AAUAAAAUCCAUGGAUCGAUACAUCUUUCGAGAGUACGACUGUAUCUCACAAAAGUCUAGACUUGACUGAUAAUUCCGAAAAUACAAUAUUAAGGAAAACACGAUCUACGCUUGCGUGAAAUUUGAAAGAGAUAUUUUAUGACUCUUUUUCUGUGAGAACUAAACAUCCGCUCAAUUCCUUUCCCCAUUAUAUCGAUCCCAUAAUAAUCAACUUAUACUCCAGGCAAUUGUCACUAAAUUAUUGUGAUAGUGCAAUGAUAUCGUGCACCAUUUGGCUUAUACUUAUGCAAAAUUGAGCAGUUAGAAAUAUUACGCUUACAUAAAAGAAGUUUUUUAAUAUUUUUAUCUUCAUGAAAAAGUGCAAAACUUCCAUCUGGUAAUUCGCUAACAAACGCUCCUUGACAUCUGCAGAAUGACGAUCUGCAUUGUGGAUCAGUACUUUAGUAUCAAUAAAAUAUUUUUGCGUGCAGUUGCCUUAUGGCCUUAUCAUCGAACGAAAUUCAAUGAAUUUCAAUGGUUCUUCUUUCUCGUUAUUUUGAUUACCUUUAUCUUAGCCCAGUUGGCAACAUUUCUAACUACAGAAUGCACACCAAAUAUGACAAUUAAAAUUAUGUCCCUUGCAUUAUUCUUUACUUUAUACUUGAUAAAGUACGUUUCCUUCCGUGUUAAUGCCGAUGCUAUAAGAUAUCUAUUGGAGAAAUUUCAAAAUAUAUGUGACGAGCUAACAGACGAAGGUGAAAUUGCUAUCAUAAAAGAAUAUGGACACGAAGCGAAACGGUUCACAAUGUUAAUGUUACUGUACGGCGCGAGUAACAUAAUGAUUACGUGUUUUCUACCAGUUUUCCCGCGAAUUCUUCGUACUUUUACGUCCAUAAAUAUGUCUGGAGAACAGUUUAUGAUAGAUAUUAUGAGAGAAUACUUUGUCGAUCAAGACAAGUAUUACUAUUAUAUUUUGCUGCACAUGGAUGUAAGCUACAUUAUAGGGAUAAUUGUAAUACCAGCAACAGGAUCAUUGCUGUUUGGCGGUAUGAAAUAUAUAUGUGGAUUAUUUAAAAUCGCCAGUUAUCGUAUUGAUCAAACAAUGGAGACUCCAAUGUUUCAAAGUGCUGGUUUUUCGAAGGAUUAUGUAAUUUAUAAAAAGAUUGUACAUGCCGUAGACAUUCAUCGCAAAGCAACAGAAUUAUCUGAUAAAAUAAGAUCCGAUUUUGUGGGGACAUGUUGUUUAAUAAUGUUGGUUAGUGUUACUUCCUUAAGUCUCAAUCUUUAUGGAGUUCAUCAAGCUAUGAUGCUUGGAAGCGCCAUGAAGGAAUAUUUAGUGCAUGUUAAAUGUAUAUCUGUCUCUGUAAUGUACAUGUUCAUAGGCAAUUACAUCGGACAAGAAAUUACAGACUACCAUAACCAUAUCUUUAGUAGCAUAUACAACAUGAAGUGGUACGGAACAGCUUUAUAUAUACAAAGGAUAAUUUUGUUCAUGGUGCAAAGAGGUACAGAAAAUUUUUAUAUUGUUUUUGCUGGAAUGUUUGUGCUGUCUAUGGAAAAUGCGGCCAUGGUAAAAUUACUUCAUGUUAUGUCAUGUUAUAACCUUACAUCAAAUUAUAAUCUUCCAAGCAGCAUGCACUUUACAGUGAACUAAAACAAUGCAAAAUAUGUUUCAGUUGUUCAGCACUUCCAUAUCGUAUUUCACCGUUCUCCAUUCUAUACAGUAAAAUCCGUGAUGUAACUAAGUAACUACAAUGAGUUUAUGGCAUUUGGAUUAGAUUAAAUUAAAAGUAGAUUCUGCAUAGUAGAGAAUUUUGGGAGAGAUUUCUUAUCUUCAAAAGAAGAAGAAAUUUUAAUCAACGUAGCAACUCAUCAUGAUAUUUUCCUGAGUAAUUCAAAGAAUAUAAAUUCGGAACAGUGAAAGUAUUGCAUAAUUUUAUUACCUUUUUAAAAAAUACGAAUCGUCGCAUGCUUUCUGGCAUCACAAAAUGGAGAGGGUGUGGCGCGCCUCAGUGAUGCCAGAAAGCGUGCGACGAUUCGCAAGACCAUUCUCACUCCAUCCCCGAAUGCUACAAGCACUUUCUAGCAUCGCUGCCUCACUACUCCGUAACCAACAACGAGCGCUCGCUGCACGAAGCGCGCUAACGCGUGUACUGAUUCGCUAAUCUUCUUUUACUAAUAUCUGAAAAUUUUACGUAGUUAAUUGCAAAAUGAAGUAGGACUUUUUAGUUCAGCUUAACGAGAUCUACCUGCAGGUGAUUGGACACUUUACGCGGGACACCCUCUAUACAUACUCAUUAAAUCAUCUUCUGCGUCUGAGUUUCUUAAGCAAUUUGUAAUCAAUUUUUUCACAAACGAAACAUCGAAAACAAAUCCAUUUUUGGAGAAACUAUUUAAAAAAUACUAAACGACAAAAACAAAUAUUAUGUAGUAGGUAAUACAACAUGUAAUAGAUGAACGUAUAAUAAAAUGAAUAUGUGUACUUUAACGCGAGUCAAUUUUUUAAAUAUUAAUUUAGCUGCAUUACAAGAAAUUCUGAAUAAUAACUUACGAGAGCAAAGAUAAAUGCGCAUUGCAAUAAAAGAAGAAUAAAAUCCAUGGAUCGAUACAUCUUUCGAGAGUACGACUGUAUCUCACAAAAGUCUAGACUUGACUGAUAAUUCCGAAAAUACAAUAUUAAGGAAAACACGAUCUACGCUUGCGUGAAAUUUGAAAGAGAUAUUUUAUGACUCUUUUUCUGUGAGAACUAAACAUCCGCUCAAUUCCUUUCCCCAUUAUAUCGAUCCCAUAAUAAUCAACUUAUACUCCAGACAAUUGUCACUAAAUUAUUGUGAUAGUGCAAUGAUAUCGUGCACCAUUUGGCUUAUACUUAUGCAAAAUUGAGCAGUUAGAAAUAUUACGCUUACAUAAAAGAAGUUUUUUAAUAUUUUUAUCUUCAUGAAAAGGUGCAAAACUUCCAUCUGGUAAUUCGCUACCAAACGCUCCUUGACAUCUGCAGAAUGACGAUCUGCAUUGUGGAUCAGUAUUUUAGUAUCAAUAAAAUAUUUUUGCGUGCAGUUGCCUUAUGGCCUUAUCAUCGAACGAAAUUCAAUGAAUUUCAAUGGUUCUUCUUUCUCGUUAUUUUGAUUACCUUUAUCUUAGCCCAGGUAUGUUUAUAUUUUUUAUCAUACUAUGACACAAUAUAUUACCAUACAGAUUUUUACUUAUGGCCAUCCUAAUAAGUUUUUCGGACUUUUUAAAUAAAAUUAUUUAUAUGGCAAUUAGUUACUGGAUAUAUAGUAAUGAAACACUUAUUACACACGUAUUAUGUUAUGAUAACAUUUACAAACCGUGAUAUUAAUAGACGAUUACCUAACUACUAUAUUCAAAAUAAUAAUAAUAAAUAAUACAUAAUCAUAAAAGUACUUAACUUUUCUUUUGAAAUCGUUGAUUAUAGUUGGCAACAUUUCUAACUACAGAAUGCACACCAAAUAUGACAAUUAAAAUUAUGUCCCUUGCAUUAUUCUUUACUUUAUACUUGAUAAAGUACGUUUCCUUCCGUGUUAAUGCCGAUGCUGUAAGUUAAGUCUUAUUCUAUUCGUUCCAAUAAAUAUCGGACAAACAACUUUUGUGCACAUAACUAUUCUGUUCAAGUUUUAGAUUGAAAACAACAAUAACAAUAUAUAAUAUAUUAUUUUAAUACGAUAGAUAAGAUAUCUAUUGGAGAAAUUUCAAAAUAUAUGUGACGAGCUAACAGACGAAGGUGAAAUUGCUAUCAUAAAAGAAUAUGGACACGAAGCGAAACGGUUCACAAUGUUAAUGUUACGUGAGAAAAUAUUUACUGAAAUUUAUUAAAUAUAGCAAAGUAAAAUAAAUUACAGUUGCGAGAUAAAGUAAAGUCAAAUUGGUUAAUAUAAUAUCUUGCCUGAUCAUUUUCAUAUUUCUGUUCGAAUACAUGUCCUAUUUUAUAUUAAACAAUCGAAUAUAUUAUAUCAGAAAAGUGUAUAUUAAAAUUGGCAUGUGGCAAUGCAAAUAUAUUUUCAGCAAAAUUCAAUUACACACCCAACUUUGUAUUAACCCAGGAGUUCUCAACUUAAUUGAUGUCGCGAGCGCAUUCGAAACUGGAAAAAAGUUAGAGGGCCAUGUUCAAAAAGAAGUCCAAGCGAGAAUAAUGGACAGAAAGUUAUAUGUUUUUAAUUAUUUGAGAAAUGUACCUUAUAUAAAUUAAAUAAAUAUAUUUAUAACUAUCUAACUUGUAAUAGUUUUUAUUUUUACUUUUUUUCUUAUAUUUAAUAUUAUAAAUUGUCGCGGACGCAUGCAAAUAGCUCUGCGGGCACACGGUUGAGAAUCCCUAUUAAUUAGGAAUUAAGAAUUUAGAGGGUAUGCCUACCUAGGAGGUUCUAAAAAGCAUGCAUGUUUGUGAAUUCCUUUCAAGAAAACUGUUUUUUGUGUAAAAAAGUAAGUAAAAGAAAGAAAAACUCCAUGUUAAAACCUAGAUUUCUAUCUCUAAAAUAAGCCUGCACAACCUGAAUUAAAUCGAUUAAGUAGGUCCUUAAUUAUAGUGAUCACCGACUUUAAAAUGUGAUUUUGAGAUAACCGAGUAAGUUUUGCAUGAAGUUUACACUUAGAUAUGAAAUUACCGUUCAACUUCUUUCACAGUGUUGUCGAUUCCUGGUCCAUAUAAUAGUCUUUCUGCUGUAGUUGUCGCCUCUAAGACUUCAAGUUGUUAUUGUCUGUGAUGCUGUCUUGCCUGCCGGAUGCUCUGUUAUGUUCACGGAUCUACUUUUUUAUACGAAGUUCAUCUAUUGUCGCAGCAUGUAAUUGUGCAUUCAGCAAGACUUUUGAGCAUCUUUUACAUCGAGAUCUAGUACUCUCAUUGUAAAUAUAAAUCGCCUAUUAAUAUGAUAUGUUGUUCCGAUGUAUGGAUACGAAGGAAUACAAUGAGAUUGGCAUUUGUUGCAUACUAUCACUAUCUUGAAUCCAAGUCCAUGCAUACCUAUUAUUUGAAAUUUUAUAUUACCAUUACACACUGUACACUGCAUGAAAUCCGAAAUAGCAACAAUAAUGUUAUUAACACGUUCGCUACCACGCGUCACAUAUGUGUGCUUAACGGGAUCCUGGAGUCGUCUGUUUUACCAUGAACUUUCUUCCAAUCAAACUUCUUUUGGUUAUAUAAAACAACAACUCCUGUUCCACAAUUACAAUACACAUAAAAAUGUUUGUCAAUGACCUGGACUUAAUGUUAAAAACGGAACAAAUUUCGAAAAUUAUAGUUUUAUUAUCGACUUGUAGCUUGCCUCAUAUGAUAUGCUUAUAAUAUAUAAGUUGUACAGUUUGUAUGUACAAAAUGAGUAGCUAUUGACAAAGAGACAGAAGGAAAGAAUAUAAGGAAGCUUUUAAAAGAGACUUCAAAAGUUUAAUAAAAAAGUGUGAUUGGAAUAAAAAUGUUGAGCAUCUAUAUUCUAUAAAAUCAUGACCAAGAAUAAAACAGAGCACAAGAUUAGAUCCUUGAUAUCGUGCUUUCAUUGUACAAAUGGAUUUUUUAUUCUGCGCAAUCAAUGAAAA